CCUUAGCCUUGUAAUUACCUCUGCUCCUAAGUCGUUCCCACUCAUUCCCUAAAUCCCUAAUCUACAUAGUCGUCACCAUUAUCGAUCCUGACUCUAGCCUCGAAAGUCGCAGACACUUAACCUCACAACUCGUCGCCCUCAACCUCGCAAGUCGCCGCCGCUGCCUUCUUUGAGUGCACUACCAUGAGCCCUGAAGGACUUCGUUUGGAUGAACGUCAUUCCCUAGAGAUGAGGCAACUUCGAGAAGAAUUAGGAGCUGUUUCCAGAAGAAUUUUCCUCUCGUUUGUUGGCUUUGGUUUCCUGGUUUCAUUGGGUUAUCUUGAUCCUGGGAAUUUUGAAACUGAUUUACAAACAAGAGUUGACCAUAGACACAAGCUAAUUUGGAGAAUUCUGAUCGGAUUAAUCUUUGCACUUCAUCUAUCAGAAAGUGCAAGGCUGAAUACCAAUAUUUGUGAAAUAUUAGCCGACAUUAUAGAAGUGAUUGGGUCAACUUUUGCACUAAAUAUCUUAUCCAAGCUUUCAUUUUGGGUUAUGGUCUUGGAGAGUUCCAAACAAAGGAGACUACAAUUGAAUCAUAAGGCACUGAUAAGAUGCAAAGCAGGAGAUCAUUACUAAACAAGUUUAUAUGAAGAGGGAUUGAGGGUGGUGGAACAAAAAUUGUAAAUCUUUGUCUUAAUGACAUACUUCUGGUAUAGUCGAAUGCACGACAAGGGUUAUGGAACAAAUGGUUUCCAUUUUAUGACAAGGAGUGUUAAUAAGUUGGAGAAGUAAU